AUGAACCAUCUCGGCUCUGGUAUUGGCAAUGGCUACGCCCCUGUCCUGGACUGCCACACCUCCCACAUUGCGGUCAAGUUUGCCGAGAUCCUCACCAAGAUCGACAGGCGGUCCGGAAAGGAACUCGAGAAGGAGCCUAUUAAGUUCCUCAAGAACGGAGAUGCCGGCUUUGUCAAGAUGAUUCCCACCAAGCCAAUGGUGGUUGAGACAUUCUCGGAGUAACCUCUGCUCGGCCGUUUCGCCAUCCGCGACAUGCGUCAGACUGUGGCCGUUGGUGUCAUCAAGACCGUAGAGAUGAAGGAUCCUACUGGUGCCAAGGUCACCAAGGCCGCGGCCAAGAAGUGA